CGCAACUGUUACCAUAAAUCCGAUGCGGAAUCAAGAUAAUGACGUAAACGUGCGAGCGAACGAAAGAUGGGGGACUCUGUGGCAGGGGUAGUUACCAGUGAUGCAGACAGAGGUUCGGGGGACAAGGUCGGCGUGAAAAUCAACGGUUCCAAUGACAACACAUUCACGGAGUCUAACCAAGAAAACGGACCUAGCAAAGACGCCAAUGGAAACGCCGAAGAGGCAGGGAACAGCCCCACAAAGUCUGAGAAAAGCAUUACCUCCGUAAACGCCAACGGGGAAGGUGACUCGUGCAAAGUGCAUUCGUCACCUGACCAUUUCUCAACAGCAGACGAGGGUACGGGGGACGCCGAGGGUAUCGAAACAGAGGAAGACAGCUGUAUUUCUACUGACCCAGAAGGGGCCACGUCAAACACGGAUUCUGACGACGAAGACGACUGCAUUGGUUCCUCGGACAGACACUGCAUGGCGACGCUAGAGGAAAAACAGCGCUUGCGUAAGGCUGAACCUCAGCUUCCGAGCACUGUCACCGUGCUGAAGACCAACGAAGGCAGCGUUGUGUACCUCGUAGGCACGGCUCACUUCAGUCUGGAGAGCCAAGAAGAUGUCGCCAAGACGAUUCAGGAAACGCAGCCCGACGUGCUUCUCAUUGAAUUGUGCAAAAGUCGCGUCAACAUUCUGUCCUUCGACGAGGAGGUCAUUCUCAAGGAGUCUCAAAACAUGAAUUUUGAGAAAAUGAUGUCGACAAUCAAGCAGAAUGGUGUCGUCCAAGGCAUAAUGUACCUGUUGUUGCUCAGUAUGUCUGCACAUCUAACGCGUCAGCUAGGCAUGGCACCGGGCGGGGAGUUUCGUAGGGCUGUCCAAGAGGCAGAAAAGGUUAAGGGCUGCCUGAUUCACCUGGGUGACAGGCCCCUGCACAUCACACUCCAGAGGGCGCUGGCUGCAUUGAGUGUCUGGCAAAAGUUACGCCUUGCCUGGCACAUGAUCACUGCCAAAGAACCUAUCAGCAAAGAGGAGGUGGAGAGGUGCAAGAAGCAAGACCUGCUGGAAGAAAUGCUGGCCGAGAUGACCGGUGAAUUCCCAGCAUUGAGCGAGGUCUUUGUCAAGGAGAGGGACAUCUACCUGGCCUACUCGCUGCGCCUGGCGGCCAGACCAAUGCCCUGCCUCUCCGCUGUCAAGGGUGAGGAGCCCGCAGUCGUCGUUGGAGUCGUCGGAAUCGGCCACGUUGCGGGCAUCGUCGAGAAUUGGGACAAGGUCGGAGACAGGGACAUUCCUCCCAUUAUGAGGAUACCAGAACCGUCAAUAUCCUCAAAGGUGCUGAAGUACAGCAUCAAGGUUUCCAUUCUCUCACUAGCUGUUUGGGGGUGCUGGAAGAUACUGCCAUCUACUGUCACGCAGAGACCGGUCGAAUGGGUGACGACACUGUGGACACGCUAGGAGUCGUUUGCUUCCAAUGCUCCUCCUCUUGUCAGCCCCCUUUUACUGAUGACUGUUAAAAAUGAUGGCUCCGAUAAUCGAGUCACACAUUAUUUUCGUACAAUCUCUCAACCUUGAUGCAUACAUUCUUAAUAGGUUCCCCCACCGUAAACAAAUGAUGUGUGCUCUCUGAUUAUUGGAUUUUUUUUUUUCUAAUAUGGUUUUAAGGUAUACUUUUGUGCUAUGUGAAGAAGGGUUCUUGUAUUAGUGGAAAUCUUGAGUGAUAAUGUUGAGAUUUUGCUGACCUGAUUUCUUUUUGUGUGUGAUCGAAGUGAAAAACAUGAAUAUUGUGUGUGAUGCCUUUGGAGAAUGAUUGUUGUAGCUUUGAAGGAUCAAGCGCUGCAGUAAAUGUCUGUGAACAGCCUGGUACUUCAGCUUUUUGAGGAUCAUUUUGAGUAUUUUUUCGUGUGUAUGUAUUCCUAUAAACUUUCAAACUGUCGAAUAUUUCUUGCACCGGAUUGUUUUUGCACGCCUGUAUAUUUUGUCAUGUAUUCAGUUUUAGAACUUGGUUCUGUUAAAACCUCGCGGGAAAUGUUCGCGCAGGAGUUUGUUGAAUGUGAGUCCAGCAUUUGUUUUUGGUGAUGGUGUACUUUCCUCCGGGUUAGUAAAACCCAUGCCAAUGUAAAUUACGGACAUGACAUAUCCAUGAGCCAAAAUAAAAACGUUGCUAUUUAU